AUGAGUUAUCAUCAGGGGGCUGAGGGUGGAGCCAUCCAUAAAGAAAGACAGAAGGAUGGGUCACCAAACAAGGAUUUUGAUGAGACCAUGGACCCUCAUAUGAGGUAGUUGGGUGUCUGGGGUGUGUGUGUCCAACUGAACAUGUGUAGCACUUUUCAUGAUAUUAGUUACAGUAUCAGGAUGACUGUUCAUUAUAUAGUAAUUACUGGCAUUAUAAGCAAUAUACACUGCUCAAAAAAAUAAAGACACUUUAACAACACAAUGUAACUCCAAAUCAAUCACACUUCUGUGAAAUCAAACUGUCCACUUAGGAAGCAACACUGAUUGACAAUACAUUUCACAUGCUGUUGUGCAAAUGGAAUAGACAACAGGUGGAAAUUAUAGGCAAUUAGCAAGACACCACCAAUAAAGAAGUGGUUCUGCAGAUGGUGACCACAGACCACUUCUCAGUUCCUAUGCUUCCUGGCUGAUGUUUUGGUCACUUUUGAAUGCUGGCGGUGCUUUCACUCUACUGGUAGCAUGAGACGGAGUCUACAACCCACACAAGUGGCUCAGGUAGUGCAGCUCAUCCAGGAUGGCACAUCAAUGCGAGCUGUGGCAAGAAGGUUUGCUGUGUCUGUCAGCGUAGUGUCCAGAGCAUGGAGGCGCUACCAGGAGACAGGCCAGUACAUCAGGAGACGUGGAGGAGGUCGUAGGAGGGCAACAACCCAGCAGCAGGACUGCUACCUCCGCCUUUGUGAAAGGAGGAGCAGUAGGAGCACUGCCAGAGCCCUGCAAAAUGACCUCCAGCAGGCCACAAAUGUGCAUGUGUCUGCUCAAACGGUCAGAAACAGACUCCAUGAGGGUGGUAUGAGGGCCCGACGUCCACAGGUGGGGGUUGUGCUUACAGCCCAACACCGUGCAGGACGUUUGGCAUUUGCCAGAGAACACCAAGAUUGGCAAAUUCGCCACUGGCGCCCUGUGCUCUUCACAGAUGAAAGCAGGUUCACACUGAGCACAUGUGACAGACGUGACAGAGUCUGGAGACGCCAUGGAGAACGUUCUGCUGCCUGCAACAUCCUCCAGCAUGACCGGUUUGGCGGUGGGUCAGUCAUGGUGUGGGGUGGCAUUUCUUUGGGGGGCCGCACAGCCCUCCAUGUGCUCGCCAGAGGUAGCCUGACUGCCAUUAGGUACCGAGAUGAGAUCCUCAGACCCCUUGUGAGACCAUAUGCUGGUGCGGUUGGCCCUGGGUUCCUCUUAAUGCAAGACAAUGCUAGACCUCAUGUGGCUGGAGUGUGUCAGCAGUUCCUGCAAGAGGAAGGCAUUGAUGCUAUGGACUGGCCUGCCCGUUCCCCAGACCUGAAUCCAAUUGAGCAUAUCUGGGACAUCAUGUCUCGCUCCAUCCACCAACGUCACGUUGCACCACAGACUGUCCAGGAGUUGGCGGAUGCUUUAGUCCAGGUCUGGGAGGAGAUCCCUCAGGAGACCAUCCGCCACCUUACCAGGAGCAUGCCCAGGCGUUGUAGGGAGGUCAUACAGGCACGUGGAGGCCACACACACUACUGAGCCUCAUUUUGACUUGUUUUAAGGACAUUACAUCAAAGUUGGAUCAGCCUGUAGUGUGGUUUUCCACUUUAAUUUUGAGUGUGACUCCAAAUCCAGACCUCCAUGGGUUGUUAAAUUUGAUUUCCAUUGAUAAUUUUUGUGUGAUUUUGUUGUCAGCACAUUCAACUAUGUAAAGAAAAAAGUAUUUAAUAAGAUUAUUUCAUUCAUUCAGAUCUAGGAUGUGUUAUUUUAGUGUUCUUUUUUGAGCGGUGUAUAAUAGAUUCCAUUUGAAUUUUGUAGGUGGUGCAUUGUUUUAAUUUCAACUGUAUGCUGUCUCCAGUCAUAAAAAAUGUGGAACUCAGUUUCCCCUAAUUUAACCCCUGCAGUAUCUCAGUUAGUUCCAUUCAAUUUCCAUCAAAUUAGUACUCCGUGUUCCCCAUAUCACUAUAAGAGAGUUCUCAAAAGCUAAAGCUUGAAUCUACUCUGUUCACAGUGUCCAUGUGCGUAAAACAGACUUUCCUACACUCAGCUGUGAGUCCAAUAGAACACUGGAGAGUGACGGAGAUCUAAGGUGCUUCUAAUUAUUAAUUGUUGUGUAUCGUUUUGAUUACCUCACAAUUCACAGUUAAGUCUCAGUUCAAUGUUUUAUCAAAUAGUUGUAUUGAACAUUUAUUUUAAUUUUUUAUGUUCACAGCAGCAAUUUGAAGCAUCUCCAGCUACGUACAACUAGUCAUAUGUCUAUGAGUGGCCAGUCAGUGAAUUCAAGCAUAGACCCAAGUGAUGAUGGAGACCAAAGCAUGGAUAAAAGGUAAACCAACAGAGCCUAUGCAUUAUUACAUGACGUUGUAUGACGUGUACAGUGACUUCAGGAAGUAUUCACACCCCUUCACUUUUUGAACAUUUUGUUGUUACAAGGUAGGAUUAAAAUGGAUUACUUUGUCAUUUUGUUGUCAACAAUCUACAAAAAAAAAUACUACACAAAAUAAUGUUAAAGUGAAUAAAUUCUAACAGAAUUUUCGUAAAAUUAUAAAUAAAACACUAAUAUAUCUUGAUUGGAUAAAUAAUUUAUUCAAACCCCUGAGUCUAUUGCACAUUAAAAUCACCUUUGGCAGCAUUUACAGCUGUAAGUCUUUUUGGGUAAGUCGUAUGUGUCACGAUCGUUAUAAGAAGCGGACCAAGGCGCAGCGUGAUAAGCGUACAUUAUUUUAUUAAGCACACACACCCAAACAAAAACAACAAAACGAUACGUGAAGUCCUCGGUCAUACAACACAAACCUUAACGGAACAAGAUCCCACAACUAACUAGUGCCAAUCGGCUACCUAAGUAUGGUCCCCAAUCAGAGACAAUGAGCUACAGCUGCCUCUGAUUGGGAACCAACCGGCCAACAUAGAAAACACGAUCUAGAAUCUAAACAUAGAAAACACAACAUAGAACAAACACACCCUGACUCCCGUACGGACUCGGGAGAGCCGAAGGUCGAGAGCCGUGCAUUCCUCCAAAACACAACCCCGCCAAGCCGCACUGCUUCUUCACACAAUGCACGCUUAACCCGGAAGCCAGCCGCACCAAUGUGUCUGCAGCUAGCACUGCGAUGCAGUUCCUUAGACCGCUGCGCCACUCGGGAGGCCCUCACAUCAUGUGAUUUUAACCAGUUAUGAGUAGGCAUUGCCUACUAAUUGUCUACUAAUUGGUUGAUGAUGUCAUUGGAAACGCUUAUCUUCUAUCUUGUUUACUCUAAAACAUAGAAAAACGCAAUUUUCACAUAUGAUGAUGUUGGGGUGGUGCUGGAGAAGAUGAAUAUGGAGUUGAACAUUUUUGACUUUUCUCUUUAAACUGGCAUAAUAUGGGCAUGUUAUGUUAUGCAAUAGUCAUCACACUGGAUGAAUGAUCAACUAGCGGCACACAUCUCAAUAUGUUUAACAGCCAUUUUGUCUGUGAAAAACUGUCGUUAUAUACCCUCAACGUUCACUGCAAUAUAGAAUAACCAAUUAUUUUACCUCAUAUUUUAAGCUGGUAUAAUAUGGGCCUCGUGUGGUAUACAGUGGUCAUCACACUGGAUUAAUGAUCUACUAGUGGCACACAAAAAAAUGUCUACCAGCCAUUAUUACAGUAAAACAUUUUUACAUAGGGUCUUCCAAAUUCACUGUAAUAUAACUACUUAUAACGAUUAUAAAGAUAAAGAAUAUGGGAGCCAAGUAAAUGGAGCUAUUUAACACUUUUUUAAUUGAUAAUAUUUCUAUUGAAAUACAAAGAAAGACAUAUCUCACUUAGAUCUUGCUGUGAGUGUGUGUGUGUGCGUGUGUACUGUGUUUGCUUUCACAAUUGAACAUUUGCUAAACAGCACCCCCGUUAGGCUAGCCUCACUCUACCCCUGAUAUCAAAGUUAUCUUUGAUAAGGCACGAAAAUUAAAUAAACGAUUUGCUAUCAUUUUGAUUAUGGAAGAUUGAAUAAGUGUGCUUCAAACGUUUUGCUUGGAAUGCUUUGUAGCUAUGAUCUUUAUCUUUGCAUGAGAGUGCACCUGCUCAGUUUCCCUAACAGAAAAUACAUCCGACUCAGUUCCCUACCAGAAAACACGCUAUCGUAAUGCACUGGUCACCAAUUGAUCAACCGGUCGAUCUUUAAGGCAUUCCUAGUCGACCACCAAACAUUUCUGCAGAAAAGCCAACUAUGAAGGCUUGCCCCUUUUUUUGUAUUCGUGUUGCGCAGUUGACGGAAGGACCACUUGAUUCAGACGCCCUGCGCACCGGGUAGGCAAAGUGUUCCCAAUAUGAACCUUUUCAUUUGUCUGAAAAUACAAACUCCGCCUACCCGGCGAACUGGGAGAUCUGUGGCUAAAUCAAGUGGGCCUACUGCUCAAAUCACUGUGUCUACAGCUAACAGAAAAGUUUGAUACUAGCCUACAUGAGAUUUCAUAACUUUUCAAAACCAUGACCAGAGAGACUGUCAAAGAAUACUGCAAAUAGCUAAUUUUUUACGAGUCAGUUCAUGUUAAAGUUUUUAUUCAGCACUGUUUUUUCUCAACACUAUUACAAAACAUUAAACGCGCUUCUCCUUACUACCACUCGCGCUGCUGCUGCAAUGAAUGAGUAGCCAAGUGUAUCGAUACCCCUGCGCUUUGGCAUUAUCCUUAGCAGCUCGUCGUGUCUAGUUUGAUAUCGAGGAGUAUUUCACUUUCUCUGGUCAUAGGAAUGCGGUGCGACUCGAGUUUCGCCAUCAGGUGGAAGACUGUGUCCCAUCUCUCUGGUCAGUCUCACCGGAGGAAAGGAAGGAGAGAGCAGGGACCGUGAGAGGAGGGUCCUCUGCUGCUAUUUCCCUCCCUUCACUGAGACUAAUGCCGUGUUCACAACAACUGUGAACUUGGAAAUCUCUGACUUCCGACUUCAGUGCGUUCAAGACAACUGGGAACUCGGGAAAAAACGAGAUCCAACUGGGAAAAAUAUUUUUUAGUGAGUGGGUUAGAUGGUAGGGUAUUUCAACAGUGGAGUAGGGUGGUGGGUUUUUAGUGAGUGGGUUAGAUGGUAGGGUAUUUAAAUAGUGGAGUAGGGUGGUGGGUUUUUAGUGAUUGGGUUAGAUGGUAGGGUAUUUAAAUAGUGGAGUAGGGUGGUGGGUUUUUAGUGAGUGGGUUAGAUGGUAGGGUAUUUAAAUAGUGGAGUAGGGUGGUGGGUUUUUAGUGAGUGGGUUGGAUGGUAUGGUAUUUAAAAAGUGGAGUAGGGUGGUGGGUUUUUAGUGAUUGGGUUAGAUGGUAGGGUAUUUAAAUAGUGGAGUAGGGUGGUGGGUUUUUAGUGAUUGGGUUAGAUGGUAGGGUAUUUAAAUAGUGGAGUAGGGUGGUGGGUUUUUUGUGAGUGGGUUAGAUGGUAGGGUAUUUAAAUAGUGGAUUAGGGAGGUGGGUUUUUUGUGAUUGGGUUAGAUGGUAGGGUAUUUAAAUAAUGGAUUAGGGUGGUGGGUUUUUUGUGAUUGGGUUAGAUGGUAGAGUAUUUAAAUAGUGGAUUAGGGUGGUGGGUUUUUUGUGAUUGGGUUAGAUGGUAGGGUAUUUAAAUAGUGGAUUAGGGUGGUGGGUUUUUUGUGAUUGGGUUAGAUGGUAGGGUAUUUAAAUAGUGGAUUAGGGUGGUGGGUUUUUUGUGAUUGGGUUAGAUGGUAGGGUAUUUAAAUAGUGGAGUAGGGGGUGUUUAUAUAUAUUUUUUUAUUUUUUAUUUUUAUUAUGAUUUCAAUUCAGGCAAAGUAUAAAGGAGUUAUACUCCAGUCUAGUAGGUGGCAGUAUUGCAACAUUUAUUGGAUGCCAACCACCGUUAAACCUCAUCGAAGAAGAAGCUAAAAUUGUCCCAGGUGAUGCAUGCCCAGAUGCUCCUCCCCUCCCCUCUCCUCCUGCCAGUCUUCCUCACCUCCCCUCAGUAACGUCACCUUAGGCUUCCACCUUUUUAUUAUGACCGUGUCAGUACAUGCUCAAGUCUAGGCUACUUUGAAUGCAGCUGGAAAAUGGUAAGUAUACAUGUUUUAUAAAAGUGUCAGGUUAAUAUAUGUUUUGAUGACUGGCAGGUAGGCUAAUUUUUAUUCAAACUGGGGAAGACUUUAGGACUCACAAUGUCAUAACAAUUGCUAUUACUCUCAGGUAUUUUGAACUGGUACAAAUCAAAUGGCCCAGAUCUCGCAUAAUGAGAGAUUGCGCACAGGGAAGUUCACAAAAAGGGUUUCAUUUGUUCUUAGCAUAUAUAAAAAAAUUGUCAAAUGUUCAUUUAUUUUUCACUACUUAAAGAAAAAUCUAGAAGGCAAACUAUCUGGCAGCGUUCCAGGUAGUCUUUUUUGCAGUUGUGCUGCGAGUCUGAUUGCAAUAUAAUAAUAUGUCACAUUAAUGAGUUUCCUGACAUGAUACAUACUUCUCCAGGCUUUGUGGGAUCUGAUAUUGUUCGUAUGCAGAAAAAGACGAUCUUUCUCUCAAUAUAGUUGUAGGCCUAACCCCCUCACAUUCAAAACUGGACCAGAGCCAGUUCCACUGCUUUUUAACAAUUCUUCCUCUCUAAUCAGGGACUGGUUUAGACCUGGGUCACCAGGUUGCUGCCAUCAAUUAUCAGGUAGAACAGAAAACCAGCAGCAGUCCUCAUAGGGUAAAAUGUGAAUACCCCUGGCCCCUAAUCAGUUGCUAUAGCUACAUGUGAGGUUAAUAGCUAUGUACAUAAUCCUAAUAGGCCUACCUCCUCAUGGACUACCUUAGAACAUUGUAUUAUUUUAGGGCAGGGGUAUUCAAAUCUGAAAUGGUGCUGGUUUUGUUCUACCUGAUGACUGAUUGCACCCACCUGGUGUCCCAGGUCUAAAUCAGUCCCUGACAGAGAAAAUUAGAAGAAGACAAAAGCAGUGGAACAGGCUUCGAGGUCCAGAUUUGAAUUUGAGUGUUUUGGGGCAUGAACUGGUAUGGUCAGAUUUAAUUCAUUUAAUUGACAUUCAUCCAAGGACACCUUUACUUGCAUUACCCACCCUCACUGCAGAAACAUUUUCUCACGUAAUCAUGUGACUUAUAGUUAGAACAUUCCUGUAACUGCGCCCUGCUACAAGCAGGAAACAAGUGGACAAAUCAGAAAAAUAACAUAUCUGUUUGAUAGUAACCCUGGAUGAUGAAUGUGUGAACCAUCUUGUCAUCUUUUUUGACUAACCACAUUGGAACAAUCUAAUCUUUAAGGACAUGAACUGGCAGAACAGGUUUAAACAAAGUACAGUGCCAUUGUUUUCAGGAAGGUGUCUCCAUGGAGAUAGGAGGGACAGUAGGCAGACUAAGGGCAAGGGAAGGGCAGCCACCUGAGGAUGAUAUUCACUGUUCUCUUGCACUUAAAUAUGGCCUAAAAUGGCGGAGUUGUAGUCUGUCUAUAAAAAUAAAUUGCUCUAUAAUUGUUAACUAUAAUUUCAUAAAAAAUGACUGACAAGAAAAGGAUCAACUAAAGCACAUGAUGAUGGUAAACCUUUGUAAGUCGUCUAUCCUAAAUCAACCGAUUUAUCACACUAGCCUAAUACAGCAGCCAUCAGCAUUAUAUUAUGAGAGUAUUAUUAUAACUACUGUAGUCUAUAGUGAUCAUUACUGGGAGUCCAGUCCAUAUACUGAUAACUGAUGCACUCAGUACUCCAUUUCAUGUUUUAUUCAUGCACUAGUUAGGGACAGAGCUAGUGAACAGCAACGGGAGAUUCUCAAUUGCAAAAAAAGUCUGUCCUUUCCUCGACUCCUCCAUCUACCUUUCCACCAUAACCCAGAUACCGAUAAGCGGUCAGUGGUUGAGGAAAGUGUAAAUUGGUAGGUGAACGGACGAGUUUGCUAUCCCCUCCUCAAGGUAUUUUAAAAAAAAGUUGAAGCUCAUUUAUUGCAUUUCUAUAAAAAUUUUAAAAAAAACUUUAAAAAGCUAUUUGGAGAACGACAAAAACAAGCCUAAAUGACCCCAGCCAUUAUCACCUUGGCUGCUGUAGGGUCAUUCACCUUAGUCGAUCUACUAACACAUAGCCUAGCUAUUCAAUUGUAACGUUAAACCCCUGAAAGAGGGGAGAUAUGUGAAAUGAUUCACACUGACGUAGCAUCAGCGAGGAAAAAAACGUAUUACAUUUUUAGAACUGCAUUGGUUGCAUUUUAAUGUAGGCCUAUAGGGAGGACAGGACAUGUGGAGAUGUUCUUAUUGAAAUAGUUUUUUGUUUUUUUGUUCGUAAAUUGUUCUAUAUAUCGUACCAGUCAAAAGUUUGGAUACACCUACUCAUUCAAGGGUUUUUCUUUAUUUUUACUAUUUUCUACAUUGUAAAAUAAUAGUGAAGACAUCAUAACUAUGAAAUAACACAUGGAAUCAUGUAGUAACCAAAAAAGUGUUAAACAAAUCAAAACAUAUUUCAUUUUUGAGAUUCUUCAAAGUAGCCACACCUUGCCUUGAUGACAGCUUUGCACACUCUUGGCAUUCUCUCAACCAGCUUCAUGACAUAGUCACCUGGAAUGCAUUUCAAUGAAUAGGUGUGCCUUGUUAAAAGUUAAUUUGUGGAAUUUCUUUCCUUCUUAAUGCGUUUGAGCCAAUCAGUUGUGUUGUGACAAGGUAGGGGUGGUAUACAGAAGAAAACCCUAUUUGGUAAAAGAUCAAGUCCAUAUUAUGGCAAUAAUAGCUCAAAUAAGCAAAGUUAAUGCAUGUAGUUGGCUAGAAGAAGAUAAACUAAAAUUCACAUUAUGUGGAAGAGAGGAAUAUAAUACAUUGUUGUUUUAUUGUAUUUCUUUGUGUGUUUAGCAUGUCGUUUUUUAGUGUGUUUAGCAUAGUGUUUUAGUAGUUUUUUUGUGUGUUUAGCAUAGUGUUUUAUUAGUUUUUUAGUGUGUUUAUCAUUGUGUUUUAUUAGUUUUUUAGUGUGUUUUGCCUGACUGUCUUGUACUACUAGGGGCAGUCCAGAGAGAGCAGAGUCUAUUUCCUCUGGUGUUCUAUCAAUGAAGAGUGACCAAUCCAUGAUAUACCCUAUACAUUUCAAAGGAGGGGUCUCUCUACGAAACAAAGGGUGAGAUUCUCCUUUGCGCCCAGCUGGAAAUAAAACCCUAUGACAUAUUAAUGCUAACCUCAUGAAAUAAAAUAUGUGACUUAGGGUGAAACAAAAAUACACGUCAUGAUAACAGAUAGUUAUAGGUAGGUUACCAUGUGUAUUAUUAUCAGGCCAUUAUGUGUUAAACUGAAUAGAUGAGGGUCUUUUGAUCAAUGUAUUUGAUAAAUGUUAUUUUCCAAUUCCCAACCAGGCCAGGAGAGGUACCCUGUGAUAUCUGCUCUGAGGUCAAAGCUGUGAAGUUCUGUCAGACCUGCAGUGUGUCCUACUGUGAGACCCACAUCAGACAGCACUAUACAAUAGCAGCACUGCAGAGACACACAGUGGUGGAUGUGACUGGAGACCUGGUGCAGAAACUCUGUCAACAUGACUACAGUCCUCUGGAGGUGUUCUGCAGGACAGACCAGAUGCUGAUCUGCAGUCAGUGUGCAGAGACAAAGCACAAAGGACAUGAUACCAUCUUCCGUAAGAUAAAGAAAACUGGAAGACAGGUAGCUCCUGGUUUGUUUUCAUACUCUUCAUUGCAGAUGUACAGUAUAUGCUCGAUAAAGAUAAAGGUUUAUGUGUCAAGAGCAAAAUAACAUGUUUCACAGAAAUGAUUGACUCUUUCUUUGGUUUUCACAGCAUAAGAAUUUUUAUGGAGACCAACACACAACGCUGACCUCAGAUGAUGGUAGGUAACACGGAAUAAACUGAUCUAAACAAUAUUAUUUAAUUUAAAUCUACAUUUAAGAGGAUACAUUUAGUAAGAUAUUAAUUGUUGUCCCUUAACUGCUGGGAUGAAUAAUACACAUUUGUGUUUGUAAUUUUAUUUUCAAUAAAGUCUGUUUUUCUCUCUCAUUAUUCCUUCACCAGUGCUGCCCCCUCCUGGUGACAUCCAGGUCCUGUUGCUGACGUCAGACUCAGUGUCUCUGAGCUGGAGUUCUCCUCAGGGAGUUAAAGUUAAAGGACCACAGACAUUCAGAGUGACCUGGGUGUGUGACGGGGAAACAAGCUCAACAAAAGUGAAAAGUGGGCAUCAUCUUAAAAUAAGCAGUCUCCAACCUGGUGAAAAGUACCAGUUCAACGUGGCUACAGAGGGAGAAGAUGGAAGCCAAAGCAGAUGUGUCUCAGCAUCCCUAUCCACAGGUAAAGAGUUUGGUUUUAGUCAUGUUUUACUGACAUACUUUGUUGUGUUUUAAGAGAGGUAUUGUUAUGGAUCUUCUUAAAACAAAUAUUGUUUUAUGUUCCAGUGGUCCCACCCAGAGACUUAAAAGUAGACAAUUUGAAAGAGACCUCCUUCACUCUCCACUGGUCCAAGGCUGAAGGAUUGGAGAAUGUCCCACAGCGCUUCCUUAUAUCCUACUGCAGCCCAGGAACAGACCUCCAUGCAGAGAAUACUAAAGACUGCCACAAAACAUUCUCAAACCUGCAACCUGGUACUGAGCACACCGUCAGCGUCUCAACUGUA